UACACUGAAGGCACCAUGCAGGUCCUCCUCCUCCUCCUCGCAGCUGCAGGGCUGUGCUGGGGGCAGUACAACCCCAACACCCUCCCAAAAAGAAACUCAAUCGUGCAUCUCUUUGAAUGGCGCUGGCAGGAUAUUGCUCUGGAGUGUGAGCGCUACUUAGCUCCUAAUGGAUUUGGAGGAGUUCAGGUUUCGCCUCCAAGUGAAAAUAUUGUGAUUACUAACCCAAACAGACCCUGGUGGGAAAGAUAUCAGCCUGUUAGCUACAAGCUCUGCACUCGAUCAGGAAAUGAAGAGGAAUUCAGAGACAUGGUGACCAGAUGCAACAAUGUUGGAGUUCGUAUCUAUGUGGAUGCUGUUGUCAACCAUAUGUGUGGGGCUGCAGGUGGCUCAGGCACACAUUCUACCUGUGGAAGCUAUUUCAAUGCUGGAAAUAGAGAUUUUCCAGCUGUACCAUACUCUGGCUGGGAUUUCAAUGACGGCAAAUGUCACUCUGGAAGUGGAGAAAUUGAAAAUUAUGGUGAUAUAUAUCAGGUGCGGGACUGCCGCUUGGUCAGCCUUCUGGAUCUGGCCCUGGAGAAGGACUACGUGCGCUCAACGGUUGCAGGGUACCUGAACCAUCUCAUUGACAUUGGUGUAGCAGGAUUCCGACUUGAUGCUGCCAAGCACAUGUGGCCUGGGGACAUAAGAGCAUUUCUGGACAAGCUGCAUGAUCUAAAUAUUCAAUGGUUUGCUGAGGGAACUAAACCUUUCAUUUACCAGGAGGUAAUUGACUUGGGUGGAGAGCCCAUCAAAGGCAGUGACUAUUUUGGAAAUGGCCGAGUGACAGAAUUCAAAUACGGUGCCAAACUGGGGACAGUGAUCCGCAAGUGGAACGGAGAAAAGAUGGCCUACUUAAAGAACUGGGGAGAAGGCUGGGGCUUUGUGCCUUCUGACAGAGCCCUGGUCUUUGUGGAUAAUCACGACAACCAGAGAGGACACGGGGCUGGUGGAUCUUCUAUUCUGACCUUCUGGGAUGCCAGGCUCUAUAAAAUGGCGUCUGGUUUCAUGCUUGCCCAUCCGUACGGGUUCACACGUGUGAUGUCAAGUUUUCGCUGGCCAAGAUACUUUGAAAAUGGAAGGGACAUCAAUGACUGGGUUGGGCCCCCCAGUAACGAGGAUGGCUCCAUAAAGCCUGUGACAAUCAACCCGGACACCACCUGUGGCAACGACUGGGUUUGUGAACAUCGCUGGCGCCAGAUCAAGAACAUGGUUAUCUUCCGUAAUGUGGUGGAUGGUGAGCCUUUCUCCAACUGGUGGGACAAUGGCAGCAAUCAAGUGGCUUUUGGCCGUGGUAAUAAAGGCUUCAUCAUCUUCAAUAAUGAUGACUGGAAUAUGAAUGUCUAUGUACAAACUGGACUGCCUGCUGGUACCUACUGUGAUGUUAUUUCUGGACAAAAAGAGAACAACAAAUGUACUGGAAAGCAGAUUUUUGUUUCUGGUGAUGGAAUGGCUAAUUUCCAGAUUAAUACUGAUGCUGAAGAUCCAUUUAUUGCAAUUCAUGUUGAUGCCAAAUUGUAAUUUGGGAGAAAUGUCCUCCUCUGUUUGCUCUGUGUGUUACUAUUUCUCCCAUAUGUUUUUCCCUGGUUUUUGAUCAUGAGUGACUCUCUAUUGAAUAAUAAAUGGCAUUCAAAUUUAAGAGUAA